AUGUCCGCCGCUUCGAGUUCUGAUAUGCAGACCGCUCAGUUUGGCGCAGCAGAGGAGCGGCGGGAUCUGGGAUUUGUGUUCCGGGGUGACGAUUACGGGGGGUUUUGGAGUGGAAUCCGACGCGAUCUGACGGCGGAGCAGCUGGGGCUCAUCGACAAGCUGCAGCGGAGCACGGUGGCGGAGGAGUGGAGGAUAUCGAAGAAGGUGGCGAAGCAGCAGGAGAGUGUGGCGGAUGCGGAGAUGGUGGAGCUGAGUCAGGCCAACCGAGCGGAGGACGACGGCGAGGGCAUUAUAGGAAGGAGGAUUAAAUCGGCUAUUAGAGUCAAGGAGGAAGGCUUCCAGAAGGUUCUACAGAGUGCGGAUGAUCUCCGCCUCGGAACACUCAAGGCCGUCGUCGGCAUCCUCUCGCCCAUCCAGGCCGUCCAUUUCUUGAUCGCCGCGGGGGAGCUGCAUCUCAGCCUGCAUGAAUGGGGGAGAGACAAAGACGAGAGAGACACCAUGCAACAAUCUACUUGAGAGGAUCCCCAUUUUCCCUUCCUGCUUUUCGUUUACUUUAGUGGCGUCUGUUUCAGCGUUUUUACUCUCUUAUAUGUAGUCUGUAACUAAUGUUUGAAUGUAAAAUUCAAGCAAUAAAUGUAUUAUUUAUUUAUA